UGGCGGAGCGGUCAGCCACUGUGUGAGAUGCUGCCAAGUGCUGGUGUCUAUUACUUCCCGUGGGAGAUCGACAGCUCAGUCCCUGAGGGGAAGACACUGAGGACAUUUGGCAGGUUAAGCUGCUAUGAUCUGACCCGAUCUGAAGCCAUUCUCACCACACAGCACAACUCGGCUCAGUACCAAGUCUGUGUUGACACCAAGUUUGUGGAGCCAUUCCAAGCCCAAGUGGGAUCUUUCUACAUGGUCCUGGGAGAGGCUGAACACAGGGAAGAAACUUCCAGUCCUGUGGUAAAAGCACGAAUAUUGACCUGCGUGGAAGGGUUGAACGUGCCCCUGCUGGAACAAGCCAUACAGGAGCAGAGGAAAUACUUCAAUGAGAGGCAGGAACAGAGGGAAAACAGCACAUCCUGACAGCAGCUCUGAGACCAGCCACACGCUGGCCCUUGCACUAUUUGCAAAAAAUAUGUUUAAAGUGAAUUAGGAGGUGUGUUUGCUGUGGCAAAUAGCAAACUGAGCAGGGAAACACUUGAGGACUCUGAGUCAAUGCGUGUGGCUGUGGGCUGUACAGUCCUGCCCCAGGUGUCAUGACUGAAAAUAGCUCUGGGAAGCAGGUUUGUUGUUUGCUUGAAAGGGUGGUUAAGGAAAGGGAUCACUUGGGUUUAUACUAGUCCUUUCUUAAUGCAUGACAUGAAGUCAGAAGAAGUCUCUGAAUCUGAGUUAAGCAGCUCACCUUUGGCAGAUGGGGGCAAAAGGCAUUAGCACAAAGUUCGUUAGCCCUGCCUGGCUGCAGGGCCCAUGAGUGCCUGUGUUGGAGCACCCUGACUCAGCUGCCACACAGGAACAUUCCUGGCAAAACACUCAUGUAUCUGAAUUGACCAAAGAAACAAGAAGAACAAAGAGUCCUUAUUUUCAGUAGUACCUGCUUUCUCAGGUAGGAAGAACUGGUAUCUAAGGGGAGGAUUAAUUCUAGCUCUAAAAUAAAUAUUUGCAGUACCCUGAGUACUUGACUUUCUUCCUUGACACAACUAAGUUUAAGAGACCUUAAAUCACUGUUUUUGAAGUAUCUAAAGAUUUUGAUUGAAAUUUUCCUAAAUAAAGAUGAAAAAAUAA